UACAUUCGCAUUACAUGCAUGCGUACCGUAUACCAGCUGAUCACUGACGCGCAGUUUUAUAUCGCGAUGGUAUAGUUCGAAAGCGUACAGACAACCAUUUGGGAAACGUCCUUCUGAGGAAAAACACGCACGUCCAUUUCAGUCUACCACCACCGAUGCCAGUUUAGAACAGACCUGCAUUUUAAAAGUUUGUUUGGAUAUUUCAUGGAAUAUUUCAAUACUAAAGAAGCUAACUAGCUAAGCAAGAUUUUAGCCUAAUACAUAACAAGCAUCAAACUUCAGUGAGGUCGAGACGGGACUCCACCAAACUUCAACUCCACUCUCCAGACCAUAAGACUAGUCCAACUUCCACAACUACAACAUAGGCCUAGACUCUACAGUUCUACCAAACUGAUGACGUUUUAUUAUUAAAACGUUAUAAUUGUUUUCAUUUAUGUUUGGAUUACAAAGAGGACACUACUCACUCCACAUGUCGAAGUCUCGAUGGUGCUAGCUGGUUUUUCAAAGGAAUAUCGGGACGUUGGCUCUUUUCACGACCAAGUAGGACAGAACGGGGAAGGUGCCGCAAUGCCACCGAACGUCCAACCCAGAGCUUCGGCUACUCACCCACCGAGCACACCGAGUAGUUUUGUGCUGCGGGCCGAUUCGGAUGAAGAUCUUAUUCAUUGUGAUACCAAACUAAAAUGUGUUCUAGUUGGGGAUGGGGCAGUUGGAAAGACAAGUCUCGUCGUUAGCUACACAACAAAUGGGUAUCCAGUGCAGUAUGUUCCAACAGCAUUUGAUAAUUACUCAGUUGUCAUAAGAGUUGAUGAAAAACCGAUCAAGCUUCAAAUAUGCGACACUGCCGGGCAGGAUGACUUUGAUUCUCUGAGGCCCUUGUGCUACCCUCAAACAGACGUCUUCCUCCUGUGUUUCAGCGUCGUUUCACCCACCUCAUUCCAUAACGUCUUAGAGAAAUGGCUCCCAGAGAUCAGACGUCACAAUCCCAAGACUCCCAUCCUCCUGAUCGGUACACAGUGUGAUCUCCGGACAGAUGUUAACGUUCUCAUAGACCUUUCAAAACAUGAGGAACGUCCUAUCUGUGAAGAGGAGGCAUCUAUGCGAGCAAGUCGUAUCAAUGCCGUAGGCUACAUUGAAUGCUCUGCACUUACACAGCACAAUCUCAAGGAAGUGUUUGAUGCAGUAAUAUUAACUGGACUUGAGUACACGAAACCACCUAAAUCGUCAAAAAGCCUGAGACGGAGAUUGAGUCGGAAAGAGAAGAUACCACCGCCACCGAAGAGAGCGCAGGACACGAAACCUAAAAAGAAAGGAGCACUCUGGAAAAAGCUAUGCUGUAUCCCAACAUAAAACUCAUUGUGUGUGUCCUUUCUCUAUGGAACAUUUGAGACUGUUUCUAACAGUCAAAGAACAUGCCAAAGCCGUAACUCAUUCUGCAAUUGUCGACGUGAAUGUUUGAUAUUAAUAUAUUUUGUUAACAUAAACAUGUGCAGAUGAAUACGCGGCCGUUUCUCAGACAUUUUUGUUUUAUUGAUGUUGCAAUAUCUAAAGCACUAAAGAAAAGGUGAAAAAGAAAUGUAGCGAAAUAGUUGUUUGCUUAAAAAUUGCUUGGUUUGUCCUAACUUUUGUUAAAGCUGUUCAUAUGACUGCUGACUGUUUAAAGGUACCUGAUGAAUCAGACUCUUUCUCAAUGUCAGUAUGAUCUGGAAAACCUGUGAGACUGCUAAGAAAAGAUAUUCAAAAGAGUACUAUUUUAUUUCUUUGUGUCAGUAUACCAUUUUGAGGCAAGUACACAACAUUAUUUAUCACUAUCAUUUGUACUGAAAUAAUUACUCAUGAUCUAGUUUUAUUUGAAAGUUACUCUUGAAGAUUGAUUUUUGACAUUCAUGACAUAUAAAACUAGACCACCAUGCUCUCACUACUAUUGUCGCUACAAAUAGUUGGCGUAAUUGUUUUCCAUCAAAUUCAAGUAUGGCAGUAUGUCUAAAUGUAUGUUGCAAAAUAUCAGAAUUCCUAGUUUCUUUGUAUUUUAAUUGAGAUAAAAUGUUUCAUGCUCCUGUUGUACAUAUUUAAGAGAUUAUUUGAAAUUAUAUAUCUUUAUGACCACAUGUUUGCAUAAAUCAUCCCACUUUCAAAACAAUUUUCAACACAGAUUUGUUGAAGAAGUUACUGUUUUUCAAAUUUCAAUGGAAUUAAAAGAACAUUGAUAUUGUCAUUGAUACAUGUCAUGUAUGUCAUUCCUAGUGGAGAGAGAAGUUUUACCAGUAUGUCAUUUCCAAAAAGAAGUAUUUUAAAUCAGAAUUAUCGUUCAACUUUCUUAUCGAAAUAAUGCACUCACUUCAAAGUGUUACACUUACAGGCUUUUGACAGCCCAAUAAUCAGCAAAGCCAACCUUCAAGUAAUUAUAACACCCAAAUUAAAUAGUAUGUUAUUUGUAAGCCUGUUUUGGCAAUUGCUGUAACCUUUCCAUUAAAUAAUGUCAAUGCAUCUUCCAAUACUGUGAAGUUAAUCAUCUUAUCAUCUAUCGAUAAUAGAACUUCCAACCAUCUACAGGAAUGUUCACUAAAGGAGAAACCUUCAUGUACAGUGUAUAUGAUGGUAUCUUUAAGAUGUGAAAGGGUUUUCUGAGUACAGUUUAGCUGCUGAUGGAUGAGCAGAAGAUGAAUAUGUGCAUUUUUUUUUAGUUCUUAUGUGUUUUUAUUGAGCUCACAUUAUACACCCCUCAUCGUCCCUGCUGUCUUACUCCCUUCACUUCUAUAUGAUUCCCAAUCUUCAAGACAGAUGAAGCACAAAAGAAGCUCUCCAGGCAAUCCCUUCAAUAGGUAGUCCUAGGUCAGAUACCGGUGAUGAGCUCAUUGUUCAUCCGUCCACUAUUACUCCAGCCAGCAAACAAGGUUACGCAACAGUCCUUUCUUUCUCUUGGAGAGGGUAGACAAUAGGACCCCCCUACCUGGAUAGGAUAUUGUUCGGAUUGUUGGUAUUUCAACAACAAAAAUAAGGGAAGCUUGAAAUCUUUUUCCUUAGCCUCCCUUUAUAAUACUUUGUAGACCACCCAGCCAAUAAAAAACUGAACUUCUAUAUCAGCAAUCAGGAGAGAGAAAAAAAGAUAUAUCAGUAAACUUAGUAUAUACCAUCCGUCUCUCUCUUUCAAAAUACAUUUCCUGUAAAACUGUAAUGAGAAUAUUUUGAGCUCAAGUUUGUUUGAUCGGAUGACUGUGAGUAAUGGUGUAACGUAAAUGUGCACAAUAGGAAAUUACUGAAACUGGCAUUUACAUGUAUGUAUACUUCUUUAGGUUUGGCAGGACGUGAAAGCUUUAUGUUGGCAUCAUUGUUCUGCUAAGAGCGUUUUUAUUGACUAUCAAAUAAAACUGAAUUGGAUUUAUUGCA